UUUCAAUCACUUUAACAUUGCUUAUCAACAAGGCCUGAUCUUGCAAAUGACUCUGUAAGCGAGUGCAUUCCAAGUACGCCAAUACAUUCGUAUCCGCUCCCGACCCCCCCUUGGCCUUCCCCAAGUCUGGGCAACACUUGGGUUUAUGGCUGUGUUGUCCUGACAGCUUGGCGGGGUCGGAUGAAGAAGGAUUUCCAUUCACCCUAUUUACGGUGUACUCCCCUCGUUCCCUACACCUAUUCCGCUGUUGUGUUUGCAAUCGUCACUCUCUCUAAAAACGCCACUUUCAUUGAUCGAUUUGGUUGCUCAGCUGUGGCACACGAUUCAUGGCUUAGAUCCCAACCUUCUCCUUUUCCUUCCCACUCACUAUUUGCAAUAAUUUGCAAUCAAAACACCGAAAACGUCCAACAUCAUGAGAAUCCCUUCGUUUUCCUACUCGGUCACGAUCUGUACACUAGCCGGACGACUCGCGAAUGCUGCUAUCACUUUAGAUCUUCAGGAUGAUAACUCUAUCAAGAGGGCAGCCAGCACAGCUGCUUAUGACAUGAUGGUGUACUGUUAGUACAUACGGCGGUGGUUCUAGUUGAUUCACAAUACUAAUGGGUUUUCUAGAUACGGGAAACAGAACGGGAGACACACCAGGAAAUUUACCAGAUCCAUAUUACUGGUGGGAAUGCGGAGCCAUGUUAGUGUUUGUUCAACUCUGGCAAUGGUGUCAUGAUUAACAGUGGUCUUCACAUAGGUUCGGCUCAUUAAUAAACUACUGGUAUUACACAGGAGACACCUCAUACAACGAGGCCGUGACCCAAGGACUGUUACAUCAAGCUGGAGAAGAGUUCGAUUUCAUGCCAGUGAAUCAGUCAAAGACACUUGGAAACGAUGAUCAGGCAUUCUGGGGAAUGGCCGCCAUGACAGCGGCAGAGACAGGUUUUCCGGAUCCUCCGAGCGGACAACCCGGUUGGCUCGCACUUGCCAAGACGGUUUUCAAUACGCAAACACCAAGAUGGGAUCCUUCUUGUGGUGGUGGACUUCGGUGGCAGAUUUUUCCAUUCAACAACGGGUAUAACUAUAAGAACUCGAUUUCCAACGGAUGUUAUUUUAAUUUGGCGGCACGCCUCGCGCUAUACUCAGGCAAUCAGUCAUAUGCCGACGAGGCGAUAAGGACUUGGGACUGGAUGUGGAACGUCAACCUGAUCAAACACGAUUCCUACCAUAUUGUGGAUGGAGCUCAUAAUACCGACAAUUGCACCCAGAUGGAUACAAAUACCUGGACGUACAAUAGCGGUGUCUUUCUUCUGGGGGCCGCCGCGAUGUACAACUUUACGAAUGGUGCUGAGCCAUGGAAAACCCGGGUAGACAGGCUUAUUGAAGCUGGUCAAAAGUUUUUCAUGGAAGGCGUCAUGUAUGAGCCGUGCGAGCCUACCAAAAAAUGCAAUAUCGAUCAACGUAGUUUCAAAGCAUACUAUGUUCGCUGGCUCGCGGCAACGGCAAAACUGGUACCAUACACGCACGACAAUAUCAUGAUGGAAUUCCAGACAUCUGCCAUGGCCGCCGUCAAAACAUGUACUGCUGGAAAAACCGGAACUGCUUGUGGACUGAAAUGGACCGAUAGAGUCAACGACGGAAGUCUGGGGGUAGGCGAGCAGAUGGCAGUAAUGGAAGUUAUACAGAGCAAUCUGGUGGACAAAGCACCUAGAUGGAGAUCAGAGGUUCUAGGAACGGGAAUAAGUAAAGGAGACAUAGCCGGAACUGGGAGCACGGAUACCCAGAAAUUACUGGGAAAACCCAUUACAACAGGCGACAAAGUGGGAGCUGGCUUUCUGACUCUGGGGAUGCUUGUUGGGAUUAUCGGGUCGGUCGCAAUUAUGCUAAGUCCUGAUUAAUACUCUUUCGAGGCAGUUUUUGGGAUGCAUUUGUUCGGAGUUAUUGUUUUUAUAAAAUCAGCAUCGGUGUUGGUUUACGGUUUUGGGAUUCUAUUCUUAUUCAUAUUGUAUAUCUAUUUCUGACGGAAGGCGAGUAGGUAUUUAUACCCUAAGGCUUCCUCCUCGCAGUCUCGUUGUACACCAUGAUAUUUAUUUAUAUUUACCACAUAUCAAAAGUCAUCUUUUCAGAUUUCCUUUAUGUCCACUAAUUUGGGUAGUGUUCUUGACCCUGGAAAUGUAUAGAGAGAGGUCUUUGGACUAUGGGUAUUUAUCAAGCCUUCUCUCUAGCCGGCUUCUGCUUUCUAACAUUUUGCGCUUUUUCGAACACUUGAGAUUCCCACAAUUCUGAAUGGUUCAAAAUUCU